AGGUUUUAACAGUAACGGCAAGUUUAGAGAGAGAAAGAAGAGAGAGAGAGAAAAGAGAGAAUGUCUCACAGUCAUGGGAACGCUUCGUCGGCGAACGAUCCACGGCAGCCAUCGGCGGCGAAACCUUACACUCCGCGGCCUAUUGCGCCGGAGGAUCUACCCGUUGACUACUCGGGAUUCAUCGCUGUUAUCCUCGGCGUGUCGGGUGUUAUGUUCAGGUACAAGAUUUGCUCGUGGCUUGCGCUUAUAUUCUGUGCUCAGUCGCUGGCCAAUAUGAGGAACUUGGAGACUGAUUUGAAGCAGAUCUCCAUGGCUAUGAUGUUUGCUGUAAUGGGAUUGGUCACAAACUACUUGGGGCCUAAUAGACCUGCAGCCAAAAAAUAA